AUAUGAAAUUCCCAUCAUUGCACAUUCAUUUUUGAAGCAAUGUUUCGUUUGGUUUUUGUGCUAAUCUGCCUAGCGGUAGGCGUCAUCAACGCCGUGCCAACUCGCGAUGAACGUAUCGUUGGGGGAAUCCCAGCCGAAUCCGGAGACGCGCCGUGGAUGGUGUCGAUGCGCAACUCGUUCAACAUCCACUUCUGCGGAGGAACGCUGCUAAACCGUCGAUUUGUUCUAACGGCGGCUACCUGUAUGCAGGGUCGACUGUCCAGCACUACGAUGGCCGUCGUUGGAUCCAGAUUCCUGAACACGGUUGCUGCUCCCUAUUAUGGUUUGCAAACGAUCACCCACCCGCAGUUCAACCAGAACACCCUCGAGUUCAACGUGGCGCUGUUCCAAACAAUACAGAAUGUGGUGUUCACCAGUAUUGUUCAGCCGAUCCAGCUGAAUCCGGACUUCAUCAUGGCUGGAGCUCGUGGUCGAAUGUUCGGUUGGGGUUCAAUCGAGAGCGGAGGUGGAAAUUCCAAUGCACUGAACUUUGUCAACCUGAACGUGAUCGAUAACGACAACUGCCGUGGAUUUUUGGGAUCUGAUGGAAUGCGUGUGGCAACUUCAUCCAUGUGUACGUUGAACCGUGAAGGACAGGGAUUGUGCACCAACGAUGCUGGAGGCGCUCUGACUUUGGACGCUCAUGCCAUCGGUGUCGCAUCAUGGAAGGUUCCUUGUGCUACUGGUCGUCCCGAUGUUUUUGUUCGCAUUUCUGCCAUUCACGGUUGGAUUAUCAGCAUUAUCUGAAUAGCAGCCAAUGACGACAUUGUAGGUCAGUGAUAAAAUUUAUUAUAUGAAAUAUUAUACUUAUUGCCAAUUUGGAUUGAACCUACUAAGCCUCUACUGAUCAUUUAUUUGGUUUGUAACUAAUGGGCUGAUCAAUGCAUACUUGUGCUGAAUCCCACUCCCAGUGCUCCAUUCUUUAUGAAAUUUGGAAUGUGUUUUUUUCAAGCUAGUAUAUUUUUAGACUAAGCAAUAAAAAAGGUCGAUUUUUUCAUCAC